AAAUUUUGAAAGUGAAGAAGAAGAAGAUUGUGAGAAGGUUUUGAUCUUGAAUUCUUUGUCAUAAUCUUUUCAACCAUGUUUGUGAAGAAGCUUGUUGAAAUGGCCUCCAAAAAGCAUGGAGGCAGUGCCAUCAAUGGACUGAGAGCAGAGGACGUGAACCCUCGUCUCGUCUUCCACCAUGGCGUCCCCUCCGGCUCAUCGUCGCUCGCCUACGAUUCCAUCCACAACAUCCUCGCCAUUGCCACCAGAGAUGGGAGGAUCAAGCUCUCUGGGGAGAACAACACUCAGGCUCUCCUCCAGUCUGAUGAUGCCGUCCCUUCCAAGUUCUUGCUGUUUUUUGAGCACCACGGAAUUCUCAUUAAUAUUACCAUCCAAAAUCAUAUCGAGGUGUGGGAUGUUGAAGAAAGAAAUUUAUGCUCUGUGCAUAAUUUCAAUGAAGAGAUCACCUCAAUUUCUGUUAUUCGACAAAGUCCCUACAUGUAUCUUGGAGAUUGCCAUGGAAAUAUUACUGUCUUGAAGGUUGAUCCUAAAUUGCAACAUCUGAUCCACAUGCAGUACACAAUUCCCUAUAAAGAAUCUCAUGGUCUGAUAACUGGUGAAACCAAUGAUUCUGCAGUCAUAUCUAUUUUGCCACAACCAAUGGCUGAGACCAAGAGGGUUCUUGUCAUAUUUCGAGAUGGAGUUAUAGUUUUAUGGGGGGUUUCAGAAAGCGAAGUAGUAUAUAUGACAGGUAGAGAUGCAGCAAUUUCAUCACACCGUGAAUCAAAGGAAGCUGUAUCAGCUUGUUGGGCAUGUUCCUCUGGAAGUAAAGUGGUUGUUGGAUAUAGUAAUGGAGAUAUUUUUCUUUGGGCUGUACCAGUGGUUGCAGAUCAGGAAAAAUCCUGUAGCUUUAACAAAAGAGAAUCCCACGCUGCUUCAAAUCUUCCUCUUCUCAAGCUUAAUCUUGGAUAUAAAUUGGAGAAGGCUCCUAUAGUUUCUUUACGCUGGGUUGUUGGUGAUGGGAAAGCAAGCCGUUUAUAUGUCAAUGGGUUCUCUGAAGUUGGAUCUUUUCAUUCAUUUCAGAUCAUAAUUCUUAAUGAGAACACUGAAUCUCGGAUGAUUAAGCUAGUGCUGCCCUUGACUGAGGCUUGUCUGGCGAUGGAAAUGAUCUCAUGUUGUAGUGACAGGAACAAACUCAAACAGAGUACUCUUGUUCUGUUGAUGAAAUCAGGCAAUCUGUGUCUCUUUGAUGAUUCAGAUAUUGAACGUUAUCUUUUGCAAUGUCAAUCUAAGUCAUGUCCAUCACUUCCAACUCCAAUAUUGGUGAAGCUACCCUAUGUUGAUUCAAGCAUCACUGUGGCAAAACUCUAUACUGGCAAUCCAUCUCCAUCAAGUCCCACUGUUGAGGAUCAUUUCCAGUUAGCCAACAAAUAUCCUUGCCUUCUUUCAACUGAUACAAAAGAUAAAAAUGGAAACCAUUCAAGCUCUGCUCGCCUAAAAGAAAUUUCAAAGACAAGAAAUUUGUAUAUAACGGGUCACCAAGAUGGCGCGAUAAAUUUCUGGGACGCAUCAUGUCCCUUUUUACUUCCACUUUUGUCUAUGAAACCUCAGGGAGAGGCUGGUAACUCUUCAACUGGUGUUCAAGUAACGGCAUUGUUUUUUGAUAUUUAUUCUCAAAUCCUUGUAGCUGGAGAUCGUAAUGGAUUGGCUCGAAUCAUGUUGUUCAAAGAGGAGCAUUCUGCAACGGAGAAUAUAUUAUCCUUUCUACAAGCGAAGCAAGGAGGUAAUUACACUACUUGCUGUAUUAAACUUGAUGGAGCCAUACAAUCGAUCAGCCUGAAUUCUGAUACCAAACAUCUUGCCAUUGGUACAAGUAAAGGAUAUGUUUUUAUGAUUGACAUGAAUGGAACCACAAUUUUAUACCAAAAGCAGUUCUCUUGUCAAGCAUAUAUGGGUAUCAACUCCUUGCAGUUCGAGAAGUAUAACCAGAAUAUUUAUCAGAAGAAUGCCUUGGUUGUGGGGAUGGAAGAUUCAUCUGUUUUGAUUCUUGAUGAAGAUACUGGAAAUGUAUUGAGCCCAGGGGUGAUUCAUCCUAAGAAACCCUCAAAAGCUUUAUUGAUGCAUAUCUUAGAUCACGGCGACUUAGGCAAAGAUCAACCUGCUAAUGACCCCAUGUCCAAUGAGCCAUUGAUAGUGGUUUGUUCUGAAAAGGCUGUGAGGUUAUACUAUUUCAGUCAUGCAAUUCAGGGAAUUAAGAAAUUGUAUAUUAAGAAGAAGUUGAAUGGUAGCUGUUGUUAUGCAUCUAUUGUUUACAGCUCUACCAAUGUUGGGAUUCUACUUGUUUUUGCGAGUGGCAAGAUGGAGUUGAGAUCUCUCCCAGAUCUGACCUUCUUAAAGGAGACGUCAAUAAGCAGUUGCAUGUUUUCAGAUUUGAAAUCAAUUUCUAAUAUUGUACUGUGUGCUUCAUCUGAAGGCGAACUUAUUGUGGUAAAUAGCGAUCAAGAGGCCAUCUUCUUUUCAGUUUUGCUUCAGGGCAAUGUUUAUAGGCAUGUGGAGCAUCUCAUCCAAGUAUACAGUAAGGAUCGGAUCACUGCACAAGAAGAACUUUCCACUGGAAUGAUCACUCAGAAGGAAAAGAAAAAGGGUAUAUUUGGUGCAAUGGUCAAAGAUUUAUUAGGAAACAAGUCAAGCCAAAGUCAACAACCGAAUGAUUUAAAUUUCAGUGUGGGUACUUCUGAAGAACAUUUUGACAUUUUUUCAACAGACAACUUCCCUCAAGAUGAUGCAAAUAAACACUGCUCAGUAAAAGACGAAGAUGUCGAAUUAGAUAUAGAUGAUAUCGAUCUCGAUGACAUACAAGAGAAACCGAAAGGAAGGAACUUUGCUGGAUUGAAUACACAAAUGUUGGGCAAGAAGUUUCAGGCAAUGAAAGGUAAACUGAAGCCUAAGAAGGAUGAAAAGGUGAAUCAAAAUAUAGAAGACAAUGAAGAUGGCAAGGCAGUUGGUGCUGUUGAUUUGAUCAAGAGAAAAUAUGGAUAUUCAGUAAACAAUGAAUCAAGUGUUCCGACAGUUGCAGCUAGUAAACUGAGUGAGAAUGUUAAUAAGCUUAAGGCUAUUGAAACGAAGACAUCAGAGAUGCAAGCCAGUGCUCAGUCAUUCUCAUCCAUGACCAAACAAGUUCUACGUAGUGUCCAACGUGAUAGAAAGUAAAACAUAUACACACACCCACCUCCUCACUUGGUCUUGGACCCCUCUUUUGUACAGCACUCUUAACCAAUAUAUAUAUAUAUAUAUAUAUAUAUAUAUGAGCUUUUUGUGUAUAAUUUUUAUCAAUACUGGGUUUAAUCUUUCCUUCCCUAUUUUAA